CAGGAAGUAAGACUGUCGUGUGUUUUUGUCGCUCGGUUUGUGCAGCGAUCCAAGCUAACUACAACAAGGUGCAAUUUAAUGAGAAGCUAAAGUCACACCAUUUCCCCCGAGAUGAGCCCACCAGCACCUUGACUCGUCAAUUAUGUUUGCUGGAAAAAGGCAAAUGGUUGAGUGUGCAGGGAAUAGAAAACGACAUCGCGGACAAAACACUAGCUAGAACAACAGCAAGCUGAGUAGUAUGCUGGACGUGGGGAAGUGGCCUGUGUUUGCCCUCCUUCCUCCUGAGGAGCUACGGCUUAUCCGGCAGGCUUGUGUCUUUGGCAGUGCUGCAAAUGAAGCCCUGUAUGUCACAGUUAAUGAUGAGGUAUUUGCUUUGGGCACCAACUGCAGUGGCUGUUUAGGUCUCGGAGACCUUCAGAGCACUAUUGAGCCGCGCAGGAUUGAUGUCUUGUGUGGAAAGAAGAUUGUGUCCCUGAGCUACGGAACAGGACCACAUGUGGUUAUCGCUACUUCAGAUGGAGAGGUGUUUGCUUGGGGCCAUAAUGGCUACAGCCAGCUGGGCAACGGGACCACCAACCAUGGACUGACCCCUGCCCUCGUGUCCACCAACCUUCUAAGCAAGAGAGUGACCGAAGUGGCCUGUGGCUCACAUCACAGUAUUGCCCUCACGACUGAUGGAGAGGUCUACGCAUGGGGUUACAACAACUCAGGCCAAGUAGGUUCAGGCUCAACUGCCAACCAGCCGACACCUCGCCGGGUCAGCAGCUGCCUGCAGAACAAAGUGGUGGUGAACAUAGCCUGCGGUCAGCUCUGCUCUAUGGCUGUACUGGACAAUGGAGAGAUCUAUGGUUGGGGCUACAAUUGCAAUGGACAACUAGGCUUGGGCAACAAUGGAAAUCAGCAGACCCCUUGCAGGAUCGCUGCUCUUCAAGGAGUCAACAUCGUGCAGGUGUCCUGUGGAUAUGCACACACAUUGGCACUUACAGAUGAAGGGUUUGUUUACGCCUGGGGAGCCAACUCGUAUGGGCAGUUGGGAACAGGAAAUAAGAGUAACCAAGCUCUCCCCACUCUGAUAAACACAGACAAGGAGAGGAUGGUGGAGGUGGCUGCAUGUCACACCAGUCACACGUCAGCUGCCAAGACCCAGAGUGGGCAGGUUCUGAUGUGGGGUCAGUGUCGUGGGCAGGCUGUGGCCAGCCCCCACCUCACCCAUUUCAGCACCACUGACGAUGUGUUUGCCUGCUUUGCCACACCAGCAGUCACGUGGCACCUCCUCUCAGUAGAUGGUGAUGACUACCUGACUGUGGCCCAGUCUUUGAAGAAAGAGUUUGACAGUCCGGAGAUUUCAGACCUGAAGUUCUUGGUUGAUGGGAAGUGUAUCCACGUUCACAAAGCCCUGCUGAAAAUCAGGUGUGAGCAUUUCCGUGCACUGCUGAAUGAAACAGACGAGGACACCAUAGAAAUUCACCAGUUCUCAUACCUGGUGUACAGAGCCUUUCUGGAGUAUCUGUACACAGACACUAUUAACCUGCCACCAGAGGAUGCCAUUGGGUUGCUAGACUUGGCCACGUUCUACCGAGAGACGAGGCUGAAGAGGUUGUGCCAGGAAACCAUCAAGAGGGGCAUUUCUGAGGAGAACGCCAUCACUCUGCUCUCUGCUGCUGUCAAGUAUGAGGCGCGGGAUCUGGAGGAGUUCUGCUUCAAGUUUUGCGUCAACCACCUAACAGCUGUCACGCAGACCCAGGCCUUUGCAGACAUGGACCACGACCUGCUCAAGAACUUCAUUAGUAAAGCCAGCCGCUACGGGGCCUUCAAAAACUGACUAGAACACCCCUGUGGGGAUGGAUGCAACACAAUGAGGGUUAAGCUCGCUGAGGUCCUGAGAGUUGACCCUAGACCAAAGUAAAAAUCAGGCUGUUCAGUACUUCAAAGCCUUUUUUUUUUUUCGCUGCGGAUGUUAGCACCGGAGAGGCAAAUGGUUUCAGGUUACACCCUCUAACCGAUGCUUCUGUGUUACUGACCAAAUGCAGCGGUCAACGUUGGUGGUUAUUGGGUUGCAACAGUCUGUCAGUCACAAGCAGACAGCUCUGAAGUUGAAUAGAAAGAUGUGCCAUAGCUGUCCUCUUUCUGUCCACUCUCUUAAGUCCAAAAUGCUCAGAUUUGUUUGUUCACGUGAAUAAACAGACCGAUAAAAUGCAGAGGUUAGAUCACAGUAAGAACCAGCUCAGACGGGAUGCUCCUAAAAGCUGAACACUUUUCAUAAUGUAUUUGAAUUUUAGGCUCAUGGCAUGAAGAUGAUUUCCAUCAGGCUGCUCUUUAUCAGUAAGUGACACUAAUGAUCAAUUCCCAUUAUGCACUGUAGUGCACUGUAUCUAUCAUUAUCAUUAUCUGUAGUAGGGCCGCGAUAGUGAUGAUAACCACCUCAGAAAACAUCCUGGUAAUUUGGUUUAUUGUAGUUAAUUCUUAUCUAAUUUCACAAAACCGUAAUGCCAUAGAUUAGUAGAGUUCAAUACCAUAGUUUUAAAAAUAUAAAGGAAUCAUAAUGAGUUUCAUACCAUGGUAUACAAUGAAAACAGUAUACCACUGAAACGUGCAAAAAUCAGCAGUGAAUACUGAGAGGGAUCAGCCCAGAACAAAUCAGCCAUGAAUUACCCUUAAGACCGUGCUUCUCCGUUCUUCUGACGCCUUGAAUGUCAAACUACAGAAGGAUAGAGGAGCAGUGUUACGUGAGGAAAAAACAAGCUGUUCUUCUGCUUGACACUUUAUUUAAAAACAACGAUAGGUUUAAUCUGAUAAAUGAUAAAAUUCAUUCUUUUACAUAACUUUUUGUUUUAUUUGUAGUUACUCGCCUUUGCCAUCCAAACAUUUGUUACUUUCUAUUGUAAGAUUUGCACAGUGUUGCUGUAGACAGUACCUGUAGCCACUAUCAGCUGACUGAUGAAAGUUAGUGCAGUUAGUUAGACUCGUAGAAAGAUUUGGACAUCCCUCUGCGUGUUUACCAGAUCAAACCCAUCUGAGCAGCUGGUGUCUGUUUUACACAAGCAUAAAAAUGGAUUCCUGUGUAGCCUGUUGUUGAUGUAAAGCUGUACGUGCAGCUGAUUUCACAGUCGCUGUCAUUGCAGUUUGGAAUGUUUACAAAAGUUUGUCUGUUGUUUUUUUUUUUUUUUUUUUUUCAAAUUGUUUAUAUGUUGGCAGCAAUCUUCCGGUUCUUUUUACAAGCGUUUCUUUAUACGUCUCCCCUGGUAGCACGUUGUGAUUAUGACAGAGACUUAGUGUAAUUACACAGCAGCUGUGUUGAAUAUAGCCCAAGUCUCAUAUAGGACCACAAGGUCUUUAAAUAUAGUGAGCAGAGAAUUCCACAUUAAACUCCUUAAUGCGUUUAGAUAGGAUCUAGCUAAUUGCUUUUCCUUUAACAAGCCAAUUAUUUGUUUUGUUUUUCUUGGAACAUUUUGAUAAUGACUGCAAAUGCCUGUGUUUUCAUUUUGUACAGAAAAUGCUGUAAGCUGCUAGCAACGAUGUUAAUGGUAACAUUUGAUAAUCUCAAAUAUAUAUUAAAAUCAAUAACUACAAAA